CUCGGAGGCUUUCGGUUUGUUUGGAUCGUGGGCGGUGCGUGCAUAGCCCGGGAAAAGCGAGAAAUGGCGACGCCGAUCGCGGGCUCCCGGCCCGCCCUCCCCUUAAACGGGCAAAUGGCCGCUGACAGGGGACGCCGAUGAGUCCUAAAGUUCUAGGAUGGUGGUUACUUUUGGAAAGUCCACCUUUGAGAUUCACGGCCCAAUAUGGAAUACAGAAAGGAGCAGGUGUGUGCAAAACAGAGGAUGCUUCCCUGGCCGGUUUCUCAGUGGGCAUUGGGAGUGUGUGGCAUGCACCCUGCCCAUCAGGAAGCUCUGAAAAAGAACCGAGUGCUGCUGGCCAAACAGCUGUUGCUGAGUGAACUGUUAGAACAUCUCCUGGAACAAGACAUCAUCACCUUCGAAAUGAGGGAGCACAUUCAGGCCAAAGUGGGCAGUUUCAGCCAGAAUGUGGAACUCCUCAGCUUGCUUCCCAAGAGGGGUCCCCAUGCUUUUGACGCCUUCUGUGUGGCUCUGAGGGAAACCAAGCAGGGUCACCUGGAGGAUCUGUUACUCUCAACCCUCUCUGGUUUUCAGCAUGUACUCUCACCGGUAUGGAGCCCUAGACACGUGUUGAGCCGUGACCACAACUUGAGUCUGUCUUUCCCGGUGUGUGAGUCCUGUCCUCCUCACAAGCAGCUGCGCCUGUCUGCAGAUACUAUGGAACACUCUCUAGACAGCAGAGAUGGCCCACCCUGCCUUCAGGUGAAGCCUUGCACUCCUGAGUUCUAUCGAACACACCACCAGCUGGCCUAUAGGUUGCAGUCUCGGCCGCGUGGCCUGGCACUGGUCCUGAGCAACGUGCACUUCACUGGAGGGCAGGACCUGGACUUCCGCUCCGGAGGGGAUGUGGACCACAGCAAUCUCGUCACCCUCUUCAAGCUCUUGGGCUAUGAUGUCCAUGUUCUCCUUGACCAGACUGCACAGGAAAUGCAAGAGAAACUGCAGAAUUUUGCCCAGUUGCCUGCUCACCGAGUCACGGACUCCUGCAUUGUGGCCCUCCUCUCUCACGGCGUGGAGGGCGGCGUCUAUGGUGUGGACGGCAAGGUGCUUCAGCUACAAGAGGUGUUUCGGCUCUUUGACAAUGCCAACUGCCCGAGCUUACAGAACAAGCCGAAAAUGUUCUUCAUCCAGGCCUGCCGUGGAGAUGAAACGGAUCGUGGGGUUGACCAGCAGGAUGGAAAGGGCCACUCCCUGUCCCCUGAGUGCGAGGACGGUGAUGCUGAUAGACAGAAAUUGCUAAAGAUGCGACUGCCCACUCGCUCGGACAUGAUAUGUGGCUAUGCCUGCCUCAGAGGGACUGCCGCCAUGCGUAACACCAAACGGGGCUCCUGGUAUAUCGAGGCCCUCACUCAAAUCUUCUCUGAGAGAGCUUGUGACAUGCACGUGGCCGACAUGCUUGUCAAAGUGAAUGGACUUAUCAAGGAGCGCGAAGGCUAUGCCCCUGGCACAGAGUUCCACCGGUGCAAGGAGAUGUCGGAGUACUGUAGCACCCUGUGCCGGCACCUCUAUCUGUUCCCCGGACACCCUCCCACGUGACGCCUCCGCCCGGCCCCGGGGCCACAGGUGGUGUGCUGGAGCUUCUGCCGGAUCGCGGUUUCUGUCCUUCCCUCUCAGGGACUGGGAGUUUCAGGCUGGUUUCACAGCCUGCCAUCCUCGACCUUGAAUCCCGGCCCACAGGCUGGCUCCCCCUGGGUGAGGCUCUCUCCCUGGGCUGGCCCUGGCUGGACGGGUUGCCAGCAACGUAUGGCUGCCAUAGAGGAGCCUGGUGAAAGGUGUGUGAGCACGGGGGCCUUAUGGGGAGAGGCAUGCAGGUCUCUUCGACCUGUGUGCUCACUUCCUGCCUCGGGCUUUUGUAGAUAGCAUUGUGGUCAUUGCUUUUGUUAGGUUAGUUAAGAUGUCUCGGAGGUCAUCUCCCAUCUUUCAUAUCCCAGCCCCAUUUGUCCCAGAGUGAGAGUCCUCAUUUAAUGUAGGCAUUUCCCACGUGGCUUUGGAAGGACAAUCGGCCAGAGACACACUCCGCUGCUGUGUGUGGAACAGCCUGUGCAUUCCUCCCGUGUGGCAAGGCCACCGCAGGAAGGACAGUGCCACCUGUGGCUCCUCUGGACUCAAGGAAUCCAAGCUUUCAGCAGAGGCUAGGGAUCAGAUGCCGUGUAUCUGGAACUCACUGAUCUUUAUGCAGGGACGUCCGAAAGGUCUUUUCUCUGAACUUUUACUGGAAUGAGCCUGGCAGUGCCAGCAGGGGCAGGUGAGGGUGGGAUGCGUCCUCAUCCUCUAACCCAGUGGUUCUCAACCUUCUGGCCCUUUAAAUAUAGUUCCUCAUGUUGUGACCCAACCAUAAAAUUAUUUUCGUUGCUACUUCGUAACUGUAAUGUUGCUACUGUUAUGAAUCGUCAUGUAAAUAUCUGAUGUGCAGGAUGGUCUUAGGCGACCCCUGUGAAAGGGUCGUUCGACCGCCAAAGUGGUCGCGACCCACAGGUUGAGAACCACUGCAAACCUGUCACCUUAUCUUCUAGUUGUUCUCUCCCUGCUUCCUGCUUCUCCCCUCAUUCAUGAGAUCCUGGUUACUGCUGCCUCCAAAUCGGUCU